AUGGGAUUAUGCUAUGAGCACCAUCUUCUCAUCAAGUUCACGCCCAGGGGGUUGCUCACCGACAUAGUGGUGAGGAGUGGGGGGUGCCUUGAGGAGAGAGCAGUUAGGGUGUACGUGGUAGAUGUGCUGAAGGGGCUGGAUUACCUCCACAUGAGUCUCAUUGUGCAUGGAGACAUCAAGCAGAGUAAUGUCGUGGUUGGCGUCGAUGGGUGUGCCAAGUUUGCAGAUUACAGGUGCACGAGAACGACUGUCGAUUCUGUGCAGGAGAGCGAUGGCAUGCCGAUGUUCAUGGCCCUCGAGGUGGCGCACAGGGAGGAGCAGGGUCCUGUGGCCAACAUGUGGGCGCUCGGGUGCAUCGUCGUCUCGGUUAUUAAGAAAAUCCGUUUGUGA